CCCCACCUGAUCUCUUCCAGUUUUCAUCAAUCAGUUUCUUCCUCCUUCUAAGUUAGAGAGAGAAAGUGCAGCUAGCUAGCCCAAGUUGAGACCGACAAUAGAGCCUCAAUCCUUUUCUUUCCACUGUCUCAGCCGGAUUUCUAAACCGAUCAAGGAUCCCUAGAAUAAAAAAACUACUAAUAAUCAUAAAAAAAUUAUGUACUACCAAGGAAUUGAAUGUGACACACUCUAUCUAAUGAACCCUAAUUACAUAGACACCCAACCCCAAUCCAACAUGCUCUUCUCCAAUCCCCACGCGCCGCCGCACCAGCAAGAGAUCUCCUCCCACCUCUACAGCAUGUGGGGCGGUGGGAACAAUAAUAUUAAUCCUCGAGGCCUCUCCCUCAGCCUCACGGGCGGCGAUCAUGAUUUUCCGGCGGCUGCUGUGAAUAAUUCAUCCAACACUAUUAUGAUCACGGGCUCCAAAUACCUAAAGGCCGCUCAAGAGCUUCUAGAUGAAGUGGUCAGCGUCGGUAACAACGAUGAGGCCAAACCGAUCAAAGACCUGACCGCCGCUGCAAAUAAGGAAGCUCCGUCUUCUAACAAAGGCGGCGCCAAUCUCACGACGGCUCAGAGACAGGAGAUUCAGAUGAAGAAAGCUAAACUAGUUAACAUGUUGGAUGAGGUGGAGCAAAGAUGCAGACUGUAUCAGCAGGAAAUGCAGAUGAUAGUAGAUGCAUUCGAGCAGGCCGCAGGGAUGGGAUCAGCGCGUUCGUACACGCAGGUGGCCAUGAACACAAUCUUGAAGCAAUUCCGGUGCUUGAAAUCCACGAUUUCUUCACAGAUGAAGGCUUUGAAUAAGAGCUUGGGCGAGGUCCAAGGUUCGGAGGUGUCGAGGCUGAGGUUUGUGGCGGGGAUGGGGCGGAACAAUGCGUGGAGACCGCAAAGAGGACUGCCUGAGAAAGCUGUCUCGGUGCUUCGUGCUUGGCUCUUUCAACACUUUCUUCAUCCGUAUCCUAAGGAUUCGGAUAAGCAAAUGCUAGCUAAGCAAACAGGGCUUACCAGGAGUCAGGUGUCGAAUUGGUUCAUAAACGCCCGAGUGCGGCUGUGGAAGCCCAUGGUUGAGGAGAUGUACCUCCAAGAAACCAACCACCAAUCCAUCACAUCACCUCCCACGGCCGACCAGAAACCGCCAAAUACUCUCUCUGCUGCUGCUGCUGAAAGCAUCGACAGUUACGGGAUCGGAGAGAAGUUGUUCGGGCAGGAGAACAGCUCCUCUCUCUCCCUAGGACUGCCGCCCUCUCAACGGAGCUUCCACUUCGGGACAGAGAUGAUGGAUUGGAAGCCGUUUCCGCUGCCGGAUUUCGUCACCUCAACUCCUCUCGAUUAACUACUUAUAUACUACUACUCCCUAUAAAUUUUACAUUGUAGAUAUGUAUAAAAGAGUUGUUUGUUGAGUUAUUUACAAAUUAAGAUGAUAUAUUACACGUUA